ACGUCCUAUCUGCGAGAGGGAGGAAGAGAGAGAGAGAGUCUGCUGUGGUGGUGGUGCUGGAAAUCGGACGACAUGAGCUCUACAUGAACCGCGUAAAAUGCUUUAAGACGCUUUCGGCGUUUGUCUUUCAUCCGUCUAAACCAAGGGCGACCCCGAAGCGGAGCUGUACUUCACGACCAGGUGUAACGCUGUCCUAAGCCUGAGGGGGGCAGAAUGCCGGAGCAGAGCAACGACUAUCGCGUGGUGGUGUUCGGGGCGGGCGGAGUGGGGAAGAGCUCCCUGGUGCUGCGCUUCGUGAAGGGCACGUUCAGGGACACCUACAUCCCCACGGUGGAGGACACCUACCGCCAGGUGAUCAGCUGUGACAAGAGCGUGUGCACGCUUCAGAUCACAGACACCACGGGCAGCCACCAGUUCCCGGCCAUGCAGCGCCUGUCUAUCUCCAAGGGCCACGCCUUCAUCCUGGUCUACUCCAUCACGAGCAAACAGUCCCUGGAGGAGCUUAAGCCCAUUUACCAACAGGUGUUGGCCAUCAAAGGCAACGUGGAGGCUAUUCCCAUCAUGCUCGUAGGCAACAAGAGUGACGAGACCCAGCGCGAGGUGGAGACCAAGGACGGGGAGGCCCAGGCCAACCAGUGGAAGUGCGCCUUCAUGGAGACGUCGGCCAAGACCAACCACAACGUCACAGAGCUCUUCCAGGAGCUCCUCAACCUGGACAAGAAGAGGAACAUGAGCCUCAACAUCGACGGCAAGCGCUCGGGGAAGCAGUCCCGCGCGGAGAGACUGAAGGGCAAGUGCAGCGUGAUGUAAAUGCGGGGAGCGGCAGGGGGAGGGGGGGGGUGGAGAGAGGGCCGAGGGGAAGGAGCCGAAGGCGAGGCGAGGCGAGGCGAGAGACUCACUCGACACAUCACUGGGCGUAAACAUCUAGGAGGCGACAGGAAGCUCAUCAUCCGUCGCUCUGACUCACAAGCGCAGGACUCACGCGGACGGAGACUCGUCACAGACGGAAACCUGUGGACGUCAGCCACAGUGGGGAGCAGCGUGGGCGUGGGCCUCCGCAUCAUCCGAGUGCCACCAGACCCGAGACCCGACGUUCCCCGGCUGCUCUAAUCGCUCACUGCCUCUCUCAGCCCCCCCCCCAACUCAGCCCAGCCCACACCCAGACUCCUCCUCAUCCACCCACAGACCCCCUAUUAUAACAGCUGUAGAGAAGCAUAACGUACGUGUAACAGUUAGCGACGCUCGCUGCUCCGGUGGGAAAGACUGGAAGGACUGGACUCUGUAUAUACACACAGGAUAUUUAAAUGUAUUCCACUCCCUUCACGCGCGCCCCGUCCCGACUAGUAUAGCAGCCGCACCAAUAGGCUGACGUUCGGCGCAUUAGAGCUUAAAUGUGGCUAGAGGACAAAUUCACCCACGUUGUCAUGAGAACUCUUCAUUCUGAAAGAUAAAAAAAGACUCCUCAAGCUGUCAUGCUAUCAAAGACUCUCCAGUGACAGGACAUGUACACGCGCUACUGAUACAACGCAACGAUCCUUUUAAGACUCUUGUCUCGUUUGGGGCGGCUCUGGAGGAACUGAACAGAAAUAUGUCUGCCUUGAGGACGAGACACUGGGAUAAUCAUUGCCAAGCCGGCGAGAAAAAGAAACAGAGCUGGGAUUUAUUUUGUCAGGGGUGGAGAAUGUUAGUUCGCUUUGGCACUUUUUACGUGGAGGUUUCUCUUUUUUGCCUUUUGUUUCCGCAUUGGUUUGCUUUGAGAAGCUCUUUAAAUUCGUGUAAAGUUUAGAAAAAUAUAAAAGCACACAGAGGGAAAUAAUAAUAAUAAUAAUGAUGAGAAGAAGGGGUGGAGGUUAAAACGUGUCCGUGGAUGAUUCAGCGCAGCCUGAAUCUGUUUUCUGUUGGUUGGUUUGGUCACAUACACUCAUCCAGGCAUCAGUAAACAGGACGCAGAGUGAGUCACACACACGCACACACGCACACACACACACACACACACACACACACACACACACGCACACACACACGCACACACACACCGAAGCAAUCAAGUGUCAAACACACACACACACACACACACACACACACACACACACACACACACACACACACAUCUGCUGUGAUUGUCUGAGCAACACAGCUGUUGAUGGAUUACAUGAAAACAACCCGGGCUCACUCGGCCUAAAUGCCCUCACAUUGCACUUUAUGUCAUCCAAACACCGCGUUCAUUUGUCAUAUUACUGAUUUCUGCUCAUCACAGAACCUCCUGGAGCCGUUGCUCUACGUCCAAAGUGCAUAUUUACACACAGGAGCUCUGACUAUUGUACACAGCGUACACAGGACAGCCAAAAGCACAAUACUUUUUUACCGACAUGUCUGUUUGUACAUGUUUGUGGUUUUUUUCUUUGUGUUUCCUUUGUGCAAUUUCCAUUGCUCACGUCGACCCACCAGUCCUGAACACGGAGGAACAAUGGCAUCGUCGCGGGCAGCUCUCGAUGCAAGAAAGUAGAUUAGGGCCAAUGCAAAAAUCCGCUCUGACUUUAAACACACGGAAGUCAGAACCCGCUGGCUCUGCUCGUCUUCCGUCCUCAGCGGCCGCGGGUGGCGGUUCCGCUGGACGGCGGGCGAGCGAGCGAGCGAGUGAGCGAGCGAGAAGCGGCCUCAGAUCACAUGUUUACGUCUCUCCAUCUCUCAGGCGGAUGGAGGAGAACCUGCUCCGGUACUGUUAAAACCCAAAGACACGGACCAGUCGCCCCCUUUUUAACUGUGUCCAUGUGGAAGACAAAAAAACUAAAGAAAGCACAGCAACCGUUCUCUCCUUCUGUCUUCGCGUGCGGCGGAAUCAACAACUGGGCACUUUAGGGUGACGUUUUACUUGAAGAUCUAGCACCAUGUAUCAUGUCCUGAAUGCAUUGUUCACGUCCCCAAAUCCACGUAGAACCAUUUCAGCUGUGCGGUUACUAUAAAUAUUAGUAGUUCAAGUAAGAUGUUACCCAUGUAAAGCUAAUCUUCACCUGCUCUCGUUCUGGACAUGAGUCCAUUGGAAGCAGGAAAUCUUGUUACAGUAGGGUUCAGUGUUGCUAUGUACUGUAAUAUACGGCUUAAUGACGAUGCUGAUGAGAUAUUGUAUUUGACUCAUACUCUUCAGAUCUAUCACAUAUUACCAAUGUGAAUAUGUACCUAGCGUUUCCACCAUGUUGUGUACUGUACUGACCCGUUAGAAAGCAGGGCUCCGUUUAUGCUUUAAGUUCUAUUUGUGAGGUUAGGCUCUGGGCACCAACAGCUGGAAGCAUCCACCCGAAGCAACGGAGCUAGAAACAAUGGAGUGGAAGUGAUCAGCAGCGAUCGGGCCCAGCUGUGGUCGGAUCCGACGCCCCGCUCCGCCUCGGCCCCACGCGUCCGGUCGGCUCUGUGCAAACGGACGCGCGUUUGUUCUGCUGACGUCUGCAGGAGACUGUCGCUGUUCAUGUUCCCGCGUGGAACAUGAUACGCAAACAAUGAGGCAGCGUGCGAGCGCGGUGCGGACAGCGCGCUGGAGGGAGGGAGCUGUGCUAUUAAUAGAAGUAGUGGAGGAUAUGGAGGGCAGCUUCUCUAACCGUGGCCCAUAUAGGAUUCAGAUGGAGGGACUGUGGCGAGACCAGGGAGGAGAAGGCACGAAUGGGGGGGGGGGGGGGGGGCGUCGGUGGGUUUCUGGGCAAGAGUUGAUGCUGAUGCAUGAUUCAGGACCGUCCUCUUACAGUAUGUGCACAACCAGCCACCUAUUUGCAUUACUUUACCGUGUGUGUGUGUGUGUGUGUGUGUGUGUGUGUGUGUGUGUGUGUGUGUGUGUGUGUGUGUCUCAUCAAGUGUCUUGAAGCCUUCCUGUGGAGAAAGCCUACACAUUCUGCAUGAGUCAUCCUUCAGCGCCACACACACACACACACACACACGCACACACACACACACACACACACACACACACACACACACACACACACACACACACGAGGCAGAACAGACAGACUGCAUGACCUCUGUGAGACACGCGUGCAUCUCCACACACAUUACAUUCACACAGGCCUGCUCUCUCUGCUGUACAUCACCGCUCGGCCGUGGCUCAGCUGUCGUCCGCAUUCAUAUCGCGCCUUCCGUUUGUGUACGUGAACACGCCCGAGGCGGCGCCUGCUCACGCUUUCUGAUUGUAGAUAGCUGUAAAUACUGUUCAAAGGACUUAAUAUUCCAGAGAUGAAGGAGGAGGGUGUGCAGCGAGACGGAGGCUGUGGCCACGGAGGCGCCCGCACCUCCUCCUCGUAGGCAACGCAUCCAAUCAAAGGCAACACAAAAAUGACGACUUUGUACCGACUUCAGAAGCUGUUGUGAAGUUAAAUAGUUUGGUUUCGUUCCUAAGUGCGCUGUAAUCGCUCUGUAAGAAAAACAACACAUGUAUGGAGACCCAAAGUGUCCAAGGUUAGAUAUAUGAAUAAGAAUGAGAUCAUAUGAAUGUUCAUCCACCUAUUUUGGGGUUUAAUGCAUUUUAUUAUGUAAUAUAUUUUCUCUAAUAUAUUCUGUAAUGGCACUUUUAUCAACAGACUUUGUCCACUAAUCAAGCCAAUAGGACAGAGCCACCAUGUUACUCACGCAGCAGCUAAUUAUGUAAGUUUAUAUUUGUUUUAAAAGUUGGUAUUAACUGUCACUGGAACAAAUGAGACUAAAAUUAUAAAUAUCACCACUGCUGUAAAAGGUUAAUAAAACAACUAAUUGAUACAGAUCUGAACUCAGAUUAUUCCGGAACACUUUGGAUCUCCAUAGUCAUCUGUAGGCGGGCCUCGUCCUGGCGCUGGACUGGGACCAGACCAGCUCAGCUGUUUGCCAGUGAGGAGGUAUCAGGGUGAUGUGUUCUUCCAUAGCAGGAUAGGGAAACAUAACCUGGACACACAAGUCAUUUCUACCACCGAGGGCUGGUUACGGUCCUGUCCGGUCGAGCUUCGUGCCCGAGGAUUUGACGGCUGGAGGUCCACCUCAUCAACCUCUCCAGCUCGACUCCUUCCAUCUCGCUGGAGUUCCUCAGAUCCGCACUAGCGGUUUUCCUCAGAUUGACGGGCCUAAGGUUGAGCAUAUAGACUUCGUGGGUGAUGUGUUUGGUACUAUCCUGUCGCUCUGGCCCUUAAUUCCUGCAUGGUCCCUAUUGGUGUUCCAGCCAGCAUGAGAACAAGGACACAAACUGUGAAUCAUCUUUGUAUUUUUUAAAUAAAUUCCUCAGCAACAUUUAUGGCUUCAGUUUUGCAAAUGGUUUAUCUUGUUUUUGUAAAUUACUCUUGCGCUUUGUUUUUUUCUUUUUGGAUCUUUUUUUUUUAUUUAACUAAUUAUGAUGUAUAAAUAUUUAUUCUAGCAAUAGUCUUCCUAUUAAGAUAUACUGUGCUGAUGCAUCCUCUGAAUAACUGAAAAUAACAUAUAUAAAUAUAUAUAUAUACAUAGAUGAUAAUAAUCAAAUCUGCAAAAUGAUUUUCCUAAUAAAAAUGUGAACUGAG